AUGCAUUGCGGCGUGUUCAACGACGAGCCCCCCCGGCCCCCGGUCGCUGCCGGCGGCCUUACGCGUCGACGGAGAGAGCCAAAACAGACGACGACGUCAUGGAAAUAUUCACCGCUGAGGCCGAAUAUCGCUCGUUCCAUCUCACUCAUACUUUUGCAACCACAACAACAACCCACAUCGGCGCCCGGAAAUGCUCUCGUGGGCCAUCCCGAGGACCAGAGGCUCGGCCACGCGUGCACUCGCUGGCACACGGCCGAGGCUGGCGUCUGCGCGCAUCAGCAAGGCGCCAUCAGCGGCGGCGAGCUGGAGCCGAACACGAUCGUUGACGAUACCGGUGCUGUGGCCCCGUGGACAGGCGGGUUCAAGGACAAGCACAAGCAUACGUACAAGGCUCAGCAGCGCACUGGAAGGGCCGGGGUUGCGGACAGUUGCGUUGGACCGACAGCUCGCGUCGACCCAAGCGUGAUCAACGCGUCCAAGCACCCGUUCGACUCGGCUGGUGGGAUGGAUGGGAUACGCGAUCCUGCAGCUGGGCCCAACUCGCGUCCAGAGAGCGGCGGGGAUGGUAGUGGGAGCGCGAGCGGCGCAAGCUCAUCAAACCCAAGUUCGCCGCCGUCGACGAGCUCCCUCCCGGGUAUUGGUUCGAGCGCGGGAGUGGAUCCCAGCUCCAGCUCGACAUUGGAGAGUACGCCAGUCUUGCUGGGUACGACCGCACCGUCGACUGAGGGAGCCGACAGCAACCCUCCUCCGCAGCCCGAGAGGAAGAAGCGCGCCGACACACUGCGCGAUCCGGCCGCAGGCCCCAACAGCCGGCCAGACAUGGGCGCCGUGUCCAGCUCUUCAGCAACGCAGCCAGAAACACCCAGCUCCAUCGUGCCUCCUACCUCUGACGGACCGUCCACGACCCCAGCCCCGGCCCCGACGGCCACGCCGAUCCCGACCGACCCUCCAUCUACCUCUGAGCCACCUCCUGACAUCGACCCAGCGGCGGCGACAACCCUCGCCACCGUCAUACCACCCGUCUCCCUCCCAGAACCCGUGUCCAAGCCGCCACGGCACCCGCACCCGUUCGACACGUAUGCGUUCAUCUCGCGCCUCGAGCGCGCCGGCAUCGACUCGGCGCCCGCCAAGGAGCUCAUGAAGGGCGCGCGCGGGCUGCUGGUCGGCCGCAGCGAGGAGGUGUUGGGUAAAGUGUUGAGUACAGAGGACCUGGACAAUUGGGACUACCACUUCAAAGCGGCGCUCUCGGAACUGCGUACCGAGCAGUCUAUCCGGGCACGCACCGCCGGCGAAGCACUGCGCUCCAAGGCGACCGCCAUGCGGCGGGAAGUGGACAAUGUCGACCAGCGGAUGAAGGGGGACCUGCAGGACAUGCGCCACGAGAUCGAGAUGGACAUCAACGACCGCAAAGAACAGACCCGGGCCGACAUGAAGCGCUACGACAUGGCGACCGAGGAGCUCAACAACAAGUUUACCAUCCACCUCGGCGACCUCCAGACCGCCAUUGAGGGCGUCAAGUGGGACUCGACGCGGCGCGCCAUUGGUGAGUGGAGAGUGGCGGAGAGUGGCGCGUGCCGUUCUGCUGCUACUUGCACACCGAGCGGCCCAGCGGCCCAGCGGCCCAGCUGA